GAGGCCGGCUGCGCGCACGCGCCCUACUACCACCGCUGUCGCCGGGGUGAAAGGAGCAGAAGCGAUGGCCGGGUCCGCGUGGAUCUCCAAGGUCUCUCGGCUGCUGGGUGCUUUCCACAACCCAAAACAGGUGACCAGAGGUUUUGCUGGUGGUGUUCAGACAGUAACUUUAAUUCCAGGAGAUGGAAUUGGCCCAGAAAUUUCAGCUGCAGUUAUGAAGAUUUUUGAUGCUGCCAAAGCACCUAUUCAGUGGGAGGAGCGGAACGUCACUGCCAUUCAAGGACCAGGAGGAAAGUGGAUGAUACCUCCAGAAGCCAAAGAAUCAAUGGACAAGAACAAGAUGGGCUUGAAAGGCCCUUUAAAGACCCCAAUAGCAGCUGGUCACCCAUCUAUGAAUUUAUUGCUACGAAAAACAUUUGACCUUUAUGCCAACGUCCGUCCAUGUGUCUCAAUCGAAGGGUAUAAAACUCCUUACACUGAUGUAAAUAUUGUCACCAUUCGAGAGAACACAGAAGGAGAAUACAGUGGAAUUGAACAUGUGAUCGUCGACGGAGUUGUGCAAAGCAUCAAGCUUAUCACUGAGGAGGCAAGCAAGCGCAUUGCUGAGUUUGCCUUUGAGUAUGCCCGAAACAAUCACAGGAGCAAUGUCACAGCUGUGCACAAAGCCAACAUCAUGCGAAUGUCAGAUGGACUUUUUCUGCAGAAAUGCAGGGAAGUUGCAGAAAACUGUAAAGACAUUAAAUUUAAUGAGAUGUACCUUGAUACAGUAUGUUUGAAUAUGGUACAAGACCCAUCCCAAUUUGAUGUUCUUGUUAUGCCAAAUUUGUAUGGAGAUAUCCUUAGUGACCUGUGUGCGGGACUGAUUGGAGGUCUUGGUGUGACCCCAAGUGGCAACAUUGGAGCCAAUGGGGUCGCCAUCUUUGAGUCGGUUCAUGGGACUGCCCCAGACAUCGCAGGCAAGGACAUGGCCAAUCCCACGGCCCUGCUGCUCAGUGCCGUGAUGAUGCUGCGCCACAUGGGACUUUUUGACCACGCUGCAAGAAUUGAGGCUGCGUGUUUUGCUACAAUUAAGGAUGGCAAGAGUUUAACUAAAGAUUUGGGAGGCAAUGCAAAAUGCUCAGACUUCACAGAAGAAAUCUGUCGCCGGGUAAAAGAUUUAGAUUAACACCUCUACAGAUGGUACUUGCUGCAGUCACUCCCAAGGGACACUACCACAUAAACCUCUCUCUAGAAUACCUGCCGUUACGUGUGCAUUUGGUUUGCUUGUUCCUUGACAGAGUGCAUUUUUAGAUCUGACCUUUUCUUAGCAAAAUCUGUGCAAAGGAUGCAGGUGAUGUCCCUAGACCUGCUUUCAAAGGACUUUUUCCAAGUGCGUCUUUUAUUUAUUAAAUGUCUACCUGGUAAACCUUUUUUUGUAAACUCUAAGUGGACUGUAUCAUUUGCCAUUGUUAACCAUUUUACAAUUCAGUUAAAGUAAUUUUUCUUCAACUGUAAAUAUAAUGGUACAGAAUAAGAGAAUAUCUAACUUUUUAAACGAAAGUCCUAUUUUCUUUGGUAUAUGAGAAACAAUGAGAAUAAAAUAGUAUAUUGGCAUAAUAGCACAAGAGGACAUAAAACUAAAAGGGUGCAAGAGAAAUUUUCUGGGAAAGUUCAUAUCAAAAACAAUGAAAAUGAUAUAUUCCUUAAUAGUAUGGAAAAUAACAACAGAUUUGUCCUUCACAUGAAUUACUAUGAAUAAAAAUUUCAGAUCCAAGAAAUA